CUGCAGUGAUGAUUAGUCUAGUUAGUCUGCGGUCGGUGCCCCGCCCCUCCUCCUUUUUUCCUUCUCUCUUAGCGUCUCUUGCCACGUUUUUCACGAUCCCAAUCGGCGCGGUGCAUUGCCGUCCGCGUCUUUCCGUUGCCGCCAGAACCCACACCUCCAGUCAGCUGCGUGGUGCUCUCCAGCCCCUUCCGCCCGGUCGCUGGUCUCCGAAUUCUCCAGAGGUCUCAGCUUCUUUUUUCUUUUUGUGGUCCGUUUCGUCCUCCUUAGCUCCACUGCGGUCAACCGUCGAGUUUGUUCGUGUUGUCUGGGCGCUCGCCCUUCCAGAGAGAUCCCAGACCUCCCAGUAUGUACCAUGGUUCCAUGGUACAAAGCGGUCCCGAUGAAACUAGACGCUGCGAGGCAAGGGGACCGCAACUCACCAGCACCAACCGCUUACCCAUACUCCUCUCUCGCACACACACUCUCUCUCUCACUCUCUCUCCUUUGGUGAUCAUUGAAUCAAUCAAAGUCUUCCUGAGAGCAGCCCAAUCUGAGGCGUGGUCCAGCCCUUUCAGUCACCUUGGACAUACCGCCGUCGAAAUUUCCCUUUCUCAAGCGUGGGAAGCACCGCAUCUGGCCUGGG